AUGAUAUUGCGACAAGCAAGAAGUGAUCGGCAGUCGUGCCGUUCACCUUGCAUCAAAAACAACUUCAUCCUCACCGUUUUGUUCUUUUUCACGCUUGUCACUCAGACUCUCACCGGUGAAGAUGUUUAUUGUCGAUCGUUGGAUAUUCGAAAUAGACCUGGAAUGGUGUUCCAAGAUAAGGAAACAAAUGACAAAUUGUCAACACUCACAAAUUGUACUGUUAUGGAGGGCGACUUUUCUGUUUCAAUGAUCACCAGUGCGAAUUAUACGCAUGAAAGUUUUCCAGUGUUUGAACGAUUGCGUGUUAUCACUGGGCAUUUACUUGUUUUUCAAGUCAGUGCAUUACGAUCACUGAAAAGGAUGUUUCCGAAUUUACGAGUGAUCGGCGGUCAGGAGUUGAUAAUGAACUAUGCGUUGGUGAUCUAUCAGAAUACACACCUUGUUGAAGUUGGAUUACCGAAGUUAACGACGAUCGUUAAUGGCGGUGUUCGUAUUAUGGAUAACACACAACUCUGUUAUAGUCGUUACAUUGAUUGGGGUACUAUGCUCAUUGGACCCGCAAAUGAUAUACUCAUUGAUCAGUCGAAAAUUACUGAUUCUGAUUUGUGUAGCGAUGAGUGUGUGCCCGAAGACGAAAGUCGGUGUCAUAAGGUUGAUGGCGUGUUGUCGUGUUGGGAUGCAGAAACGUGUCAAAUACAGUGCGCAUAUGCACGAAAUGAAGACAAAACACCAGGACCUGGUUGUGACGAUUACGGUCGUAAGUGUCACGCUCAGUGUCUGGGUGGUUGUUCGAAACCGAAUGAUCCGAGUGCAUGCCAUUUUUGUAAGAAUGUCAUUCACAAUGGAGUCUGCAUACAAAAGUGUCCGGAUCAUCUCUUCGAAAUCCAUCACGUUUAUCUUAUACGUCGUUGUGUAACAUUGGAGGAAUGUCGAAAUAUCUCAGCGCCAGUUACAUCGGAAAGCACAAAGAAGCAAAUGCUUAUCGUUGAGAAUAUGUGUCGAGUGGAUUGUCCGUUCGGGCAGGAAAUUGAUCCACACAACUCAUCGAGGUGCGUUAAGUGUGAGGGAUAUUGUCCGGUAAAAUGUAAGGGUGGCACGAUUGAUUCGUAUGGACGUAUCAAUGAUUAUCACUUCAAAAAAUGUAACGUGAUCGAAGGUUAUCUCGAAAUUGAACUCAGAAGUGGUCUUGAUUCGGCUGCAAUUGAGAAGGUUGGUGAAGCGUUUGGAAGUAUCGAGAUAAUUGAAGGAUAUCUGCUGAUCGAUUUUAGUGUUUCGUUUGUUUCGUUGAAUAUGUUUAAACGACUUCGAUUGAUUAAAGGGAAUACGUUGUGGCGAGAUCGAUAUGCGUUAGCAGUGUUCGAAAAUCCGAACCUACGGCAAGUAUUCGACAUCGAACGACAACCACUGAAAAUCGGUAAUGGCACGGUACUGUUUCAAAACAAUCGAAUGCUCUGUUAUAACCGUAUCAAAGCUCUUAUUGAUCAUAUUGGAUUAACGGACGUUAAGGAAAAUGAUGUUUCAUACUACAGCAAUGGUGACAGGGCAAUUUGUAAUGAGACAACAUUUGAAGUUCGUACUGAGGAUGUGCAUAGUUUCGGUUUUAUGAUCUCGUGGGUUGCAUUCAACACCACCGAUAUGGAUCAUCGUAAAUUUCUUGGUUAUCAGGUGUUUUAUAAGAAGGUUGAUGGACCUGAUCCGAAUUUAACGAUUGACGAUGAUCGAUCGGCUUGUAGUGACUCUUGGCAGAUGCACUUUGAACCGGAAAAGGGGAACGCGAAAGAGGGUUUGAAUCGGGGAACGGGCUUAUUCAGUGUCGAAUCAAAUACAUGGCCAGUUUUUACGUGUUUUGAAUUGUAUGCAUAUUAUGUCCAAACAAAACUGAUCAAUCAUCCGGGCGCGAGGAAUGCAAUUUCGAAGAUUCACUUCGUCAAGACUCUUUUCUCACCUCCAGAUCCACCGAAAGACGUUCGUGGUCGAUCGACGAAACACGACCAGAUGGAUUUGGAAUGGGAUCCACCGUUACGACCGAAUGGUGAUAUAACGCAUUACAUAGUGAAGUGGCAACCGUUUCUGAGUGAUUCCACAUCGGUGGCUGGUCACGUAUGUGACGAUAAGGCUGGUGCAGGUAGACGUCACUUCAGAGAUCCAAACCGUCUGCCCACAGUCGCCGUCUCAACGGCCACAGAGCAACAGCCCGUGUGCUCGAAGCAACCGGGUUGUUGUGACUGUAAUGCGCUUAAGAAACAAGGCAGCGUUGACAUAUCAGCCGAAGAAAUGGAAAAGAAUGGUGAAGCAGCGUUCGAGAAUGCCGUACAAAACCUCGUUUUCGUUCCACAGAUCAGGAAAAGAGGGAAAUGCAUCGCUGGUAGACGUGGAGAAAUAUUAUUCAUCGCUCAGACGCCUUUUGUGUAUAAACAACGUCUAAUGGUGCCAAUGAAUGAGUUAUUCAUAUUCAGCGAUAUGAAUCGCAACGGUGGUACGGUGCGACGUGUUCGACGAAGCAAACGCACCAUCAACACGAGCUCAUCGCAGAAUCACAAACAAGACUUAUUGAGCAAUGAAGAACGUUUGUAUGGUGAUCAGAAAGCGAUUCUGAUAACGCAAAAUGAAGUGAACGAAAGUUUGAGCAUAUAUCGCGCUGAGGUCGAUACAGCAACACAUGAAAUCAACGUUACGACGAGACAUCUUACGAUAACCGGUCUGAGACAUUACACGCAAUAUCAAAUUUGGAUUCGCGCCUGUCAGAAUGUUUCUGCUCCAGGUGGUUAUCAUUGUUCGCAGCGUCCCGGCUAUUUAGUUGUACAAACCGCUCCAAUUCCUGAGAAUGAUCUGGUCGACAACAGUACAAUCGAAGUGAUCAAUACAACGUCACCGACUUCUGAUCAACGAUCACGAAAAAUCACGUGGAUUGAACCGUCAAAUCCGAACGGUGCUAUACUCGCAUAUAAAGUGAAAGUAAUUGCUGAAGAUCGUGAACAGACACCAGUAACGCAAUGCGUGAAAGCAUCAGAUUUUCGACAUCAAGGCGGUGUGACGUUCCAUGGUUUGUCGGAUGGUAUUUACCGUGUUGAAGUACGUACGAUUACACUGGCAUCGCUCGCGUUAGCUUCCACUGAUGAAGUGGCCGUCUCAAGAUCGCUCUUUUCUGUCUUCACAAAACCAUUUUUCACUAAAUGGGUGAUAAGUUUGAUUUUCCUCAUAAUAUUCCUCGUCUUGACGAUUGGAUCACUCAUCGCGUAUUAUUUCUUGAAGAAAGUAUUUGGCAAAAAGGUACAAGAAUAUGCACGUCAACAAAUCUCGGCAAAUCCAGAAUAUUUGAGUCAGAUGGAUGUGUAUACGGCAGAUGAGUGGGAAUUGAAACGUAGUGAUAUCCACUUGGAAGAGGAAAUUGGUCGUGGCACUUUCGGAAAGGUGUACCGUGGAUAUGCGAACGAUGUGGUGUCGAAGGGUGGUGUGCGCUUCGGGGAGUGUGCCGUGAAGACGGUUGCCGAGUCAGCGAACAGUGCUGAGAGACUGCAUUUCUUGGUGGAGGCGAGUGUGAUGAAGCAGUUCCACACGUCGUUCAUCGUUAAACUUUAUGGUGUUGUCUCGGAUGGACAGCCGGUGCUUGUCGUUAUGGAACUUAUGAGAAAGGGCAAUCUACGUGAUUAUUUGCGUUCACGUCGGCCAGGUGGAGAAGAUAAUGUAGACAACUCACCAAUACCGACCAAUCUCGAAUAUAUCCGUUGGGCUGCGCAAAUUGCCGAUGGAAUGGCGUACUUAGAGUCAAUUAAGUUCUGUCAUCGUGAUCUGGCAGCUAGAAAUUGUAUGGUGUCAGCCGAUGAUACAGUGAAAAUCGGUGAUUUUGGUAUGGCUCGAGAUAUAUACUAUCACGAGUAUUAUAAACCAACUGGUAUUCGCUUGUUUCAUUUGGAUUUUAUUUCGAAACAGUUCAUUCGUUUUAUUGGUGACCAUUUAUCGGAGACUGAAAUGCAUUUCUCUUUAGUGUUGUUUCAUUUGAAUGUCUUUCAUUUUAUAUUGCUUACUCUCAUUAGUCAUUAUCUCGCAUCAAUUCAAUUCAUUAUUAUUCGUCAUACCAUUCUAGGUAAACGCCUAAUGCCGGUUCGUUGGAUGGCACCAGAAUCACUGAAGGAUGGUAAAUUCACGAUGAAAUCUGAUGUUUGGUCGUAUGGUAUUGUUUUGUAUGAAAUGUUAACGUUGGCACAACAGCCAUAUUCGGGUAUAGGCAAUGAAGAGGUGUUUAAUUAUAUUGGUGUAUCGAGACGAAUCCUUACACGCCCGACGGGUUGUCCUGAUUUUUGGUAUGAUCUUAUGGUACAGUGUUGGAAAUACGAUCCUCGCGAUAGACCAGAUUUUGCGCAGAUUGUCGCAAAACUUCUUCCGUACACAGACGUUGAUUUUGUUAACGCAUCGUUUGUGGCGUCAACAGCUGGCAGUGCAGUAGGUGACGAAUCUGUAGUGGAUGAGGUAUUUCAACCGAAAGAGGUUUAUCCACAUGCCAAUGAUGAAUCCGAAUUAGUGAUGAACGAGGAUGUUAUUCCGAGUGAUUCUGAUGAGAGGCCGAUAUGUAACUGGAACCGUCGAACAGCAGGUGGUGGAUUCCGUAGAGGUGCUGCAUCGGAAGGGGCGCGUUCUGUUGAUCACGAUCUCAAGAUGAGGGUUACGAAUACAUUAGCAGGAACUGCAACGGAAAACGAAGAAGAUGAAUUGUAA